AGGGGCCCCUUAAAUCUACACCUGGGUCGCAAGUCCCAAGCACUGUUGAGUGUUGAAGCUCCUCUCCCUGCACUCGAUGAACCCGGCACCCGCACGGUGAAUCCAUGGAAUGAUGAGAGGUUGCGUCUCUUCAUAUAGAUGGCGUCAUCAGAAAACAAAGAAAUGGAGGAGUCGUCAGCUGGCGUACGAAUGGUUUUGUUAAAUCUGCCAGAGGAUGAAGGAGAGGGUCUUGGCUUCAAAUUAACGCGCACACUUUGGGAUCCGUAUCCGUGGAUCCGUGACGUCACUCCUGAGUCCAGAGCUGCUUUGGCCGGGCUUCGAACCGGCGACUGUCUCUUACAGGCCGACGGUAACGACCUUCUUGGACUACCGAUCAGCAAGGUUGCUGGUAUCAUCCGUGGAGACGGCGAGAGUCGGGAGGUGUCUCUUGUUUUGUGGAGCUGUGGAGUGGACCCUGAUGAUGAUCCAGAGUUGCUGUGGUCCGGGGGAGGCGCUGGCUCUGACCGUCCCCGGCGCGCCCUGGGUGGGGUGCUCCGUUCUCUGUCCUGUGCCGUGUGUGGGGCGACCGCGGCCGCCGCCCUCAGCUGUCGCCGCACGCACCUGUACUGCGACGGCUGUUGGAGCAGAUUGGAAAGAUGCGCUCUGUGCCGAGAGAUACUACCGCCUAAAGACUCGCCUUAUUCCAGGAACUUAGUCGCUCAGCAGGUUUUCGAAGCAAUAGCAAAAGAAUACGAUAUAAAACAUACUGGUAACAAAUCACAAAUCACAUCUCGAUCCCCAUCACGUUCACCAAAAAUAUCACCAACCACCAGCCGUAGAGGACAGUACCAUCUAUCUAUGAUGAAUAGAAACAGAUUGGGAGGUGAAAAAUGUACAUCGGACCCGAAUAUCAAUAGGACACCCAAAAAUAUGACAUUAGCAUCGAAUAAUGGCAACACUGAAGUGAAAUGUCAGAUGAAUAUGCCAAGAGAGGCGAUGAAGUGUUCUUGCAGCUGUCAAAACUUACUCCACCAGACUCUGGUGUCGAGGUUACGGGAGACCAGCUCUCUGGCUGAUUUAAAGUGUUCCGUACAUAAUUCACUAUCAAAAUCUUUGAACAACGUCAGCUUGGAUGGGCAAAGUAGCACUGAGGCCGACCCGAGCAGUUCAAUGGAAAAUUUAAAGAAAUCAGAUAUGCCGGUAUUCCUGUUGGCUCCACCGCCUAUAUAUUUUCUAGUAUCGGAACACACAAAAUAAUUACUUGGAAGACCUACUUACGAUUUAUAAAUAAUAAGAAAUAAUUUAAUUAAAAUAUUUUUUUAAUUAAA